AUGGACAUCCCAGACCACGCCCUCCUCUCUACUGUAGAGUCCCUGACCUCGGUGGGAGCCUCGGGUCAUGUCUCAGCUCCCCAGCAGCAGGAGCUUCCCUCUACAGGUACAGCUCCAGGGCUCCGGGAGGAAGAGGAAGAGGGGCAUCUGCCUCUCUCCCAGGGGGAUACCGCCGGUCUGAGGGCUCUUCGUCCUGCCUCUCUGCCGGCUUCACCCCCGACCGUUUGGAGCCAAGUCCUCCAGAGUGUCCUCGCUACCCAGGCUCUACAAUUUGGAGAAGACUGCUUCCACACGCCCCCAGAAAAUGGUCACUAUCUCAGAGGUCGCUGUCAGGGCUCUGCCCUGGGCCACAGCCAAUCGGAGCAGUGUGAACCAGGAAGUAGAGGGUGGGAUUCAGACCCAGCCCUCCAUCCUGAAGACCAGAGGGGUUCCUGGACCUGCCACCCACCCCAAACCCUUACCCCUUCUCUCCUGCCCAGCAUCCCUGUCUCAGUCAGACAGAAUGGCUCUGCACAGGUACGUCACAGUGACAGAGUGAGUCUUACCUUGAAGAUUAACAGUCGACCACACUUUGGUUUCAACACUCACUGGGACUCGACAGGAGCAAGAGUCGGAGGCAUCCAACCAGGUAGUCCUGCAGAGUUGUGCCAGCUCCGUGCAGGUGAUGAGAUAGUGUCUGUUGGUGGGCACAGGGUGGCAGAGAUGAGCCACAGCCAGUGGAAGGGCAUGAUGACCUCCGCCCUGCAGAAAGGCAGUCUCACCAUGGAUGUACAGCGCUAUGGUAACAACGGUCCAACUGAUACCAGUGGAGAUGCAACGAUGGUGAAACUGGCCCAGAUCAACGGACAAGAGGGGGUGACCUCUAAGAGCAGGAAGGGAGGUUUUCAGGACGAUCCUCUGACUGUCCGAAGUAAAGAACAUGAUCUGAUUGUUUUGAAAACCCAGAAAAGGAGAGCAGAGUUCUUUAAUCAGGAAGGAGGAUCGGCGUCGGCGAUAUCUGAUCUCCAGGUGCCGUCCCUCAGCACCUCCCCCUCCAGUUGGUCCUGGGACUCCGAGGAAGAGAGGAGGAGGCAGGAGAAGUGGCAGGAGGAGCAGGAGCGCCUCCUACAGGAGAAGUACCGUCAGGACCAGGAGAGACUGGAUGCUGAGUGGCAACAGGCCCAGGAGGAGGCAGGGGUGGAGGGAUACAGGCAGGCUGAGGUGACCCCUGAUCCUCUACCGUCCAGAUGCAUCGUGGGAUAUGUAGUCCCUUGUGUCAAAUCAUCCACACCGAACAUGGAGAGCUCAGGAGACAUGACCAAUGGGAUCGCUGGCCUUGCCAGUCCUCAGCCAGCCUUGAGCCAGCCCAUGCCCCCUGUUGCCCAUGUGGCAUCCAAUCAAAAGGAAGUUGUUUCGGACGGGGGAAGGGAGGAGCCUCGUCCUCAAGAAGGGAGGAACCUGGAAGAGGAGACUGAAGUGGCAGAAGGAGAUAAUUGGUCUGGGGACUCCUAUGGUUUCACCCAGCUAUCUAUAGCUGACAGGAUGAAAUCCAGGUCCUCCCCAUCGUUGGAGGGUUUCCACAGACAGGAGGUGAAAGGCGCUACCAGGGAGGUCGCUAGGAGGAAGCUUCCUCAGAGCAUGUCCUUAGUAGAGGCUGAGAGGCAACAGAUCCUGGACGAGAUGAGGAAGAGGACCGCUCUGCUGACAGACAACAGCUGGAUACGACAACGCUCCACCUCUGACAACAAACAACCAACUAACCGGCGAGGGCCAAUGAGGAGGUACGACUCUCUGGACAACCUUCCCUCUUCCACCACCCUGCUCUCUAACCCCCAACGCCCCCACUCCUCCCUGGGUUUCGCCGCCCCGUACCGUCCCCCCUCCUCCCGGCACAGCAUGAGUGUGGCCCUGGGGGGUUACUCCAACGGGACUCAGAAGCACAGCCCUACCUGGCCCCGCCCCUUCAGCACAUCUUCCCCCGGCCAACACCGGAGAGGAACCCGUCACCGGCGAAUCACGACCCGUCUCACAGCAGCACCACCGAGUGCUGACUUCUCGUCAGGUGUGUUCAGUGUGUGUGUGUCCUAUGGGCAGAGGGGCUGCCAUGGUCAUUGAGACCCUGAACCUCUGCUUCCACCUGGCCUGUUUUCAGGUGAGUCUGG